UCCGGCCCCAUGGAAAGGGAUUUUCUAAGCAAAAACUAGAGCCAGUGGAAAGGGUUUCAUGGACACAGACGGGAAGGCGGGCAGGAGGUCAGAGCAGAAAGGCCCGGGGCCUGAGUGAUGUCUGAUGGAGAGGUGGCAGGGCCGACUUUUAAGCCCAAGAUGACAACAGCAACACGACAAGAAGUUCUUGGCCUCUACCGCCGAAUUUUCAGGCUUGCAAGGAAAUGGCAGGCAGCAUCAGGGCAGAUGGAAGACACCAUUAAAGAAAAACAGUACAUAUUAAAUGAAGCCAGAAUGCUGUUCAGGAAAAACAAAAGCCUCACAGAUUCAAACAUGAUUAAGCAAUGUGUAGAUGAAUGCACCGCCAGAAUCGAAAUUGGACUGCAUUACCAAAUUCCUUACCCAAGACCAAUUCAUCUGCCUCCAAUGGGUCUUAGCCCACUCCAAGGUCGACGACUUCAAAGACAGGAAAAACUGAGGAAACUUUCCAAACCAGUAUAUCUCAAGUCUCAUGAGGAGAUUUCCUAGCCCAGAAGAAAUUUCUUUCUGAGAAAGACAAGUCAAUUAAGUUUUGUUUGUACAGAUUACAAAACCCUUCUUUCUAGAUUAGGGUCAAAAUUCAGAUCUCUUCUUAAUAUCUCCAUGAAUACUGACACUAGCCCCCAAUAUUUGUUCUUACCUCU